AUGGAUCUUAAUAACGCUGAGGUCGUGCAGCUCGAUCAGCCGCUGCCGUUUCGCACGGCACGCAGCGGGCCUUCAACUGUAGAAUGGCAGGAGUACAAAGACAGAAUCGCCUUCUUGUACCUGGAGGAGGACAGACCGCUAAACGAGGUCAUGGAGAUCAUGCUCACAAACCAUGGGUUCAAGGCUUCAGUGAGGAUGUAUAAGUUUCGUUUUCAGCAGUGGGGAUUUCGCAAAUACUUGUCGAAAGAAGAAUCCAAGCGUUUCGUGGCCGAGGCCGUUACUCGCAAAGACGCUGAUCUCCCAGUUGUCCAUGGGCGCGAGCUCGGGUCUAAACGGCUGAAAGCACGGCGUACGAGAUUGCACAGGCAGUCGUCACGUGUAAUGGCGACAGAGAGCAAGGGAAACAACACCCAACUUCCCAUGAAAAUCGACCCUCCAGACGUGUUUCGCCUCGCAGACAACUCCCUGCGUGCCGUCAUAGCUCUAUCAAAGGAACAGCUGAAGCUCUGGGGCUUGACAUUGCACGAUGACAAGAGAACCGAUACGGCCAAUUGGGCAAGCAAGACGUAUCUCGCAGCCUAUAGGAUCUACAAGCGGCAAGAAGUGGCCUCGAACUUCCAAGUUUUGAACAAAGCUUGCGAUGAAUACAAAGAUGUCGUACGGAAACAAGAGCCUCACUUGAUAUAUGCGACGUAUACCGCCGUCCUGCAGCUUUUGAGAGCCGGCAAUGAGUUAGCGAUGUCUUUCCUAAGGCUAGCCAUGGGGUUAUGUUCAAUUUACUUCGGGCGCUCCCACCCUUUGACUUUACUCUGGGCCAACUUACUGCGGUUGGAUCCGAAUGAACUUCGGCAACUAGCGAUUCCUUUAAUGGACGCCCAAUUUGAGCUUUUCCUUCGCGAGAUGCCAGAGGGGAACACGUUCCUACCUUUAUAUAGCAUUGACGUGACCAAGCUCCUCGGAGAUCUUAAUGUCAUAUCCAACGAGGCGGCACUUUCGAGAUACGAUAGCACGAUCGAAUCGCUCCGCCACCAAAUAAGAUCGGGCCUUAAUGCCAAAAUGGCCGAAGCGCGACUAAUCCCGACUCUCAUAUUCACAACGCUCACAUGUCUCGACACCCAGGAGUAUGGUCGAGCUGAAGCAGCUCUGGCUGAGGCUGAGGAGUUGAUAGAUGCCCGCGGCGAGGUGACCCUUCAGAAAGUUAACCUGCUAGAAACUAAGGCGGAACUUCUAUAUGAGACUGGCAACUAUGGGGCUUCGGAAUUUCAUUACAAAAAAGCACUUGAGACCGCCCAAAAGCUAUUUGGAACAAGCGAAGCAGGUCGUAUCCGUAUUGGUCAUUCAUUCACGGCCUUGGAAAAUUUCUAUAUACAGAGAGGAGAUAUGGAAGGGGCUGAGCUAGUCCGAUCAGGCUAUGAUGAACAUUUGAAGCAUAUUGUGGGAGAAGCCAUUUAG